AUGACAAGAAAGCUGUGCGAGGGAACUGUGAAAGGGUAUUGGGGGUCUGACCGGAAUCCCUACGUCAAGAAAGAGGAUAUCAUCUCACAAGACGAAGAAAACAACUGGAUUGUCCCCAUCAAAAUUCUGUUUAAUUGUCCUAAAGUUGCAGCUGUGAUCGAUGACGUUGACCUGGGUUGUUAUGAAAUUGAUACUGCGGACGAUGUGAGCCCUCCACCAUAUAGCCCAUCUGACCAGGGCUUUCAUAUGGAAGCAAAAAAAGCAAUUGUUGUCCAACAUCAGAUGAGGUUUGAAGUUGUUACGGGGGAGGAUACUUUUGACACCAAGACCAAAAAGCUGGUGGAACGAAAGCCUCUUCAGACUACUAUUUGCUCAGCGUUUCCUUUCAUUGUUUGUAAUAAUGUUGAAGGCCCCCGGGGUUAA